AUGUCCAUGAAAUUCGGGUUGCGCUUGCUCGAAGUCACCGCGACUGCCCGGUGUUUACACGACUGUCUCGCCGAUGUAGACAAUGCCAGAAGGCUCGAGGGGCAGUACGGUGCUGACGAGUGUUUCAAAGGGAGCGUAAUGCUGAUCAUAAUGUGUGAUGCAAUGGUGUUCCCAUUCGGAGCGGUCUCCGACUUCAUCCAUAAACCAGCUAGACUGAAAGACGCAAUAGUCAACGUUGAUAUCCAUCUGGAUGUUGAUGUCGUGAUCUCGUGCGAAAUGACAGAUCCAGUCCCCGUUGGCUUCCAAGAUCACAAGGAACAUCGUCAGAUGCUUGGUGGUGAUGUGGAUAAUAAAGUCUCGACAUGGCCGCCAGACUGUCGACGAGUGAAGACAGCCUUGCCACGCACACUUACUUUCAAUGUACAGCUCGUCGGCAAGAGCGUUGGCAUUAUUCUGAUAGUGAUUCAUGAGGCACUUGUGAAUAUGGGCACGGGGGCCAUGGCCUGUGUGCCGCGCCGCGCUAAGGGAGAAAAUGGCGAGUUGAGUCUGGACUCUUAA